AUGGAUAAGGAUCAGGAUUCUUCAGGGCUUCAAAAGCCUGCAGACCCAGUACUAGAUCCUGCACACCAACACCAACAUGCGCACCACCACCACACCACCUAUGCCGAGGAAGGACGCAAAGAUGAAGUCGUCUACUCGCAAGAUAUCCAAUUCGAAAAAGGUGUCGUCCCCGAGCCGACACCGCUAGAUCACGCCAGCAAAAGUUCUGGGGAUGAGGAAGCUGGCGAAACCUACCCCGCCCAUCGUACCUGGCUGCGCCGCGUCGGAAAACAAUGGAGACAUAUGGUCCAUGCUGUCAUUUGGCUUUUGUUUACCGGCCAAGCGGAGACUCAUGCGUAUUCAUCUAGCUGGUGGAUUGCUGGCUUGAUUUUGCAUCGAUAUGACCUAGGAUGGCUUAUUCCAUUCCUGCUGUACCUAGCCAUUACUCUGCGGAUCAUCUUCUUCUACGUCCCGAUCACUAUCGUGACAAAGCCUAUGCAUUGGGCUUGGUCACACACUGCCCGGCCUUUUGUUAGCAUCAUCCCCGAGAAAUUCAGAACGCCUAGCGCCGCUGCUCUCUGUAUCGGAGUUAUCCUUAUCGGCUCAUUCGCUUCUCCCGAGUCAGAGGACAAUACCCGUGCGAACAGAGCGGUCAGCUUGUUCGGUAUGAUCGUCUUUAUAUUUGGACUAUGGGCCACCUCUCGGAAUCGCAAGAAGAUCAUCUGGCACACCGUCAUUGUGGGCAUGUUGGCCCAAUUCAUCAUUGCUCUAUUCGUGCUCCGCUCAGGCGCAGGCUACGAUAUUUUCAACUUCAUUUCCGGCCUCGCCAGUGAUCUGCUCGGAUUCGCUAUCGACGGUGUGACUUUCUUGACUAGCGAUGACUUCUACAACCUCAAGACGCCUUUCGCACCAGCCAAUUUCUUCCUCGUCAGCGUUAUCCCGGCUAUCAUAUUCUUCGUCUCCCUCGUGCAGCUUCUGUACUACUUCUCCAUCCUGCAGUGGUUCAUCGGCAAAUUUGCCGUCUUCUUCUUCUGGAGCAUGCGUGUUUCCGGUGCCGAGGCCGUCGUCGCUGCUGCAUCCCCGUUCAUCGGACAGGGUGAAUCCGCCAUGCUAAUCCGUCCUUUCAUCGCCCACCUCACCAUGGCCGAGCUCCACCAAGUUAUGUGCUCCGGCUUCGCCACCAUCGCCGGAAGUGUUCUGAUCGCCUAUAUCAGCAUGGGCGUCAACCCCCAGGCAAUGGUCAGCUGUUGUGUGAUGAGUAUCCCCGCCUCAUUGGCAGUUUCGAAACUGCGCUGGCCAGAAGAAGAAGAAUGCCUCACAGCCGGCCGUGUCGUGAUCCCCGACAACGAAGAACACCGAUCCUCGAACGCCCUUCACGCCUUCUCCAGCGGUGCCUGGCUCGGCCUGAAAAUCGCGUCCAUGAUUGCCGCCACCCUGCUGUGUAUCAUUUCUCUCGUCGGACUGCUCAAUGGCCUCCUCACCUGGUGGGGCCGGUAUUUGAACAUCAACGACCCCCCUCUGACCCUCGAGUUGAUCGUCGGCUACAUCUGCUACCCGAUUGCAUUCCUGCUCGGUGUUUCCCGCAACGGGGACCUACUCAAGGUCUCCCAACUAAUUGGUCUCAAGCUUGUCACUAACGAGUUCGUCGCCUACGACGCACUUCAGAACGGCGCUGCCUAUGCCGACCUCUCCGACCGCUCCCGUCUCAUCGUCACCUACGCUCUCUGCGGCUUCGCCAACAUCGGCUCCCUGGGUAACCAAAUCGGUGUGCUUUCGCAAAUCUCGCCGGGCCGUGGUGGUGAUGUCUCGCGCGUUGCGUUCAGCGCUAUGAUCACCGGCGCUAUCAGUACCUUCACCAGUGCCACUAUUGCCGGAUUGUUAAUCACGAACGAGCAGCAGUACUUCUCUAAGGCGACUUAA